AAACAAUGCAAAUACGUAUGCAUAACAGCACCCUUAUGUACAUGUAUAUUUAUGCAUGUGUGUAAGAUUUUGCUUGCUUCUCUUUAAACUAGUCUAACUCAAGAAAACCUUUGCAUACUUUGCUAUAACACAAUUUUUACUUACUGAUGAGAAUGUCGAGGAUCUUUGGAUAUCCCAUUCAAGCUUUAGUCUCCAUUUACCUUUCUUUUCACAUACAACCAUUGGAUGCAUCACUCCUGUUAUUUCAUCAUUUGGAUUAUUCCUCUUCAACUGAUCCAAUCAAUUCACCAUUCUUUGCGAUACCACCAAAUUUACCAGAAAGAUUUUACACAGAAUUUACUAUCUACUAUACUCCUAGAGAUGAUGAUCAAAUGCCUUUACCGCCAUGGCCACAGAAUUAUCCACCUCAGUUACCGUAUGCCGUCGGUCGUGGCAUGACAUGGUAUGCUAUCGACUUGGACAUUGCAUUAGAAUAUUAUCAAGAUUAUUGUGUACCAAUAUUUGAACCGUCGAGCUAUUUCCCAUGUAUAAUAUUUAAUUACAAUCAAACUGCUUAUCUCAUAGCGCCAACUGAUUCAGGUUAUGGACCAUGUUGUGUAUAUCGUAAACCAUGGGGUGCACCACACAGAAAUUUUAUGCAAACGUUUGCACACUACUACAAUGGUACAACUGAACAGCUUGGAUUAGGUGUAUUGAAUCAAACUAUUCAAUGGUGGACCAUACCGAUUGAUGAUGAUGAAAGUUUUCAAAGAAGACAUGUGAAGCAAAGAAAGAAAUCAAUAAAGAACAAACAUCCUGUUUUCGGUGCCUAUGGGUGGACUUCUGAAAAAUCAAAAAAACGUACACCAGCCUGCUUUUGGUAUGAAGGGAAUACUGGUUGGGCACAACAGUUAUUCUUCAAUUUUACUGAUAGUGGACCAAGAGUAAGUGAUUUAGAAGGAUUUCAACUGCCAGAAAUAUGUCAAACUGAAAUGACUUGUCUUUACAGACCAUAAACUUCUCCUCAUUAAAUUUUGCCACAAAUAAAAACUGAGGUACUGAAAA